UCACCGUUGAAGUUGUAUAUCCUGAUGAAUUAGCUAUCUUCAAAAAAACCUUUAGUCAUAAUCAUAGUUAUUUCAUCGAAAAAAUAUGCCAUUUAUUUAUUAUGUGUGUCUACAUAUAUAGAUAUUCGCGGAGACAGACUAACAAAUAUAUAAAUCAAUAGACAACUAACUAUUUUUCUUUUUAAAUAACUGACGAUCACCUACGAAUUUAAUCAAAACGAAAAACUUUAUAAUAAAAAUUUUCUUUUAGCUUCUAAUCGUUGUCAUUUAUUACAUGCUAAACUUUGGGAUAUUGAAUCAGUUAAUGAAUUUGAUUAUGUUCUUGCUCAUAUAUAUGAUCAAACUCAAUCAUUUGAUAGUCCUCGUAUUGCUGUUAAUUUUACUAAAGGCAAAUAUAUAUUAAAAUUAGAAAAACGAAUGGGUGAACAACAAUUUUUAUCUGUUGGAAAUAUUAAUGAUUAUUCAUUAAUUUAUAAACCUUUACCUGAUGUACCACCAGCAAAUACAAGUUUAAUUAUUGAUAUAAGUAAAGCAACACGACGUAUAUCAUUAGAAGAAAAAUUUCGUUUAGAACGUCGAAGUAAUCAUUAUAUUUGUAAAAUGACAAUUAAUAGUUGUUAUAAUAAUACACGUUGUGGAAGUCAUGGAACAUGCAAAAAUUUAAUUGUUAAAUAUCAAUGUAUAUGUAAUUUUAUGUACACAGGAGAAUAUUGUGAACAAUUAAGUAGUCAUGGUGUUCAAUCGAUUAUUGGUUUUAUUCUCAUUUGUGUGGCAAUAUUAAUUCUUAUAUUUCAUUCAAUUUAUCAUUCUUUUCAUCGAUUAGAAGAAACAAAAUCAAAUUCAACUAAGAAAAAUAAUUUGAUGUCUACAAUAAAUACUCAUCGUUUGUCUCGAGACAAAUUUUAUUCAAUUCCAAAUAUUUCUUCUGAUCAAUUAAUUGUACAAGAUGGUUUAAAAAAUCCAGCAUUUUCAAAUGAUAGUGAUACAUCUACAAUCGGAAUCAAUAAUUCUCCACAUACAAUUGUUCAGUUACGUCGUUGUUCAGUAAUUUCUUCAUCAUCAACAUCAGCAAUAUUUUUUCGUCAUUCAUUAUUAUAUUAUUGUUGGCGUUUCUUUAUUUGUCUUUUAACAAUUCUUUUUGCAACACUCUGUUGUCAUACAAUAUAUCAAUUAAAAAUUAAAAAUUUACAUGCUUAUCAAAAACUUCAUAAUACAACAAACGACAAAACAUCGAAUAUAUGUCGAUUAUUUCAAUCAAAUCUAAAUCUAUAUUAUAAAAUUCCAGCUAAUUAUGUAUCAUUAGGAAUUUUGUCUAUUCUUAUUAUCAUUCAAUUCAUUUUUGAAAAUUUCUCAUUUGGAAAAACAACAACAAGAAAAUCAUUUUGGCAACAUUUACGAAUACCGAUGAUAUUUAAUUCUCAUUCACAUAUAUAUCGUUUUCAAUCCGCUGCUGUAUUUGGUAUAAUCGCAUUAGAAAUUUUACAUAUAUUUGAUGAAUAUAUAAUUCAUGGUGCAAAACAUUUUCAAAAUGGACCAUUAAUUGAUUUAAUUAUACAAUUUGGUAUUGGUCUUAUGUUAGGUUUAAGAUAUUUUCCUAUAUUAUCGAUAUUUGAAAAGGAAAAUAAUUAUGAAAAUCGUUUAGAAAAUAUUUUAUGUUAUGGUUUAGCAACAAUUUAUUUAUAUUGUGAAAUUAUAUUUAAAUUACAAUCCGAUAUUAAUUGUGCAUUUGAUAAAACUAAAAUGUCAAUUAUUAAAGAAACAUUAGAAAAACUUAAUCAAAUGGGUAUAAAUGUCAAACAGUAUAUGAUUGGACAAUUGGGUACAAAUCUAACAACAAAAUUCAAUGAUACAUAUCAAAAUACUCAUUUAUGGUAUACAAAUAAAAUCGAAACAUACAAUGCCAAUGUAACCUAUGAUGAUACAUAUGAAAUUGAAAAUGAAUUAACACGUUUAAAUUAUUCAUUAGAAUUAAAUAAACAAAGUAUCUUAUAUAAUAUAUUACGAAAUGCACCGUAUUAUUAUUUUAUAAGUUAUUUAGCUGUAUGUUUAACAAUAUUAUUUCUUAAAACAUUUCGUAAUAAAUUUCAAAAAUCAUCUUCAUGUCAAUUAUUACCACGAUGGAAAUAUGUUAAAUAUAAUUUAUUAAAAUCAACAAAAUAUAUUUAUUCGAAUGAUCAACAAGAAUAUUCACGUUUAUUUCGAUGUUUAAAUUCAUUUAUAUUCUUUUUUAAACAACAUAUUUAUUCCAUACGUCCAUAUUUUCGUUAUUCAAAAUUAAUUGUUUGUAUAUAUAUAAGUGCAUUUACACUUGUUUAUUAUUUUACAUUUUGGAUACAAGAUCAUACAUAUUUAUUGACAAAAAAAUUAUUAUUAUUUUUAAAUUUAAUUCUUUGUGGUUUAGCUGAUUUAUCAAAAGAUUUAUGUUAUAAUUUAAAUAUAAAUCAUAUUAAUCAAGAUAUUAAAUAUAUUUGUAUAUUAACAGCUUCAAUAACAUAUUUACAAUUAUUUUGUGGUUUAAAACAUUAUCAAACACAAAUGUGUAAUGCAUAUAAAGGAAUAUUUAAUGAUAUACCUAAACCAAAACAUAUUUCAUCAGUAUCAAUUAUUAGUAGAUCAAUACAUUAUCCAGGAAGAUUUAUGGGUUCAUUAAUUUACAGUUAUGGAUUUUUAUUUUUAUUUGUUUCAAUAUUUUAUAUACUUUCUCGUUAUAUAUUCUAUUCAAUAAUUGUUCUGGAAUUUGCUUCGAAAAUAUUAUUACCAAUGAUAAUAUUCUUUUUAUUUCAAUUAUUAUUUGUACGUCUUUUAUGUAAAUUAUUAUUUAUACAAAAUAAUCAUUUACUGGCAUUACGUAAUCUACGUCUGUAUUAUACAUUUUCAUAUUUUAGCUUCUUUUUCGAUUGUUUUCUUGGUUUUAUUAUGUGUUUAUCACGUAUAUCAAAAGGUUUUGCAUGUACAUUAGUUUUUUUUGCACGUCUUGAUUAUUCAGCAUAUGGAAGAGGAUUAGAAAUGUAUGAUACCUCCUAUGCAUCUUAUGUUAGUUAUUUUCAUAUUGAAAGAAAUCAACGACAUCCUGUUUUAAAUGUAUUUAUUGAUAUCAUACGACAACGUCUUAUUGAAAUACGAAAAUUAAAAUUAAAAAUAUCCAGGGAACAAACAAACCAAACAUAUGCAAAAGAAAAAUCUUCUCAAUUAGCACGUUUUCGUUGGGCAUUAGCUUAUACAUUAAUACAUAAUGAACAAUUGAAACGUUAUCGAAAACAUCGAUUAUGUUCAACAAAAAUAAUACAAUCAAAAACAUUAGAACGUUUAUUUGAUAGAAUUGGUUUAUCACAAACAUUACCAAGAAAAUAUUAG